AUGUCUAUGAUAACAGCUACAGCAUGGGUGCCCCGCGGCUUUGCAGCCCCUUUCCCUACUAAAUACACAUUUGACGAGGAAGAGUUCCAGCGAAUUGCGGAUCUUGCAAAGCUGCAACUUGACGAUGCGAACGAGGACUUGGAGGAGGCACGCAACCAAUCGACGGAGAAGAAUGGCGAGGACGCCGAAGAAGAGGGCUCAGACGAUGAAGCCGGUGCAAAAGCAUUGAAAUCGAAAGGGCAAGUUUACCCACCCAAUUUGAUGGAUGAGGACGACGACCUGAAAGAAUAUGAUUUAGAGCACUACGACGAAGAUGUGGAAAUGGAUCAAGGCAAGGAGGGCGCGGGCAUGGCAAUGUUUGGAAACGUCAAGUCUCUUGCAUACCAUGACUCUAAUAAAGACGAUCCUUACAUUACCAUGCAAGAAAACGACGAAGACGACGAAGACCGAGAAGAACUUCAGAUUCUUGCGACAGACAAUAUGCUUCUUGCAGCGAAAGUUGAAGAUGAAGUGGCGCAUCUCGAGGUUUACGUUUAUGAGGACGAAGCCGACAAUCUCUAUGUUCACCAUGACCUUAUGCUCCCUGCUAUACCUCUGUGUGUCGAAUGGUUAGAUAUACCAGUAGGCAAGCCUGGCGCCGAAAAAGACUCUCGUGCAAACUUUGUGGCCGUUGGAACUUUUGAUCCAGAUAUUGAAAUUUGGGAUUUAGAUACUGUCGACUGCAUGUACCCAAAUGCAAUCCUUGGACAAGGUGGAGAGGGCAAAGCCGCAAACGCAGACGGUACCAAGAAGAAGAAAAAGAAGAAGUCGAAGAAAGCAAACGCAGAGCACCAUGUAGAUGCUGUACUCUCACUCGCUGCCAACAGACAGCAUCGAAAUCUCCUGGCCUCAUCUUCCGCAGACAAGACUGUUAAGCUAUGGGAUCUCAACACAACGAAAUGUGCCAAGUCAUAUACGCAUCACACGGAUAAAGUCUGCUCGUUGGCAUGGCAUCCACGGGACUCGACAUUACUACUGAGUGGGAGUUAUGACCGGACAGUGGUUGCCGCCGAUAUGAGAGCACCCGAUGCUAAAGUUCCUAGAUGGGGUGUUGAAAGCGAUAUAGAGACUGUCCGAUGGGACCCCCAUGAUCCAAACUACUUCUAUAUCUCGACUGAGAAUGGUAUCAUCCAUUUUCAUGAUGCUCGGAACGCACCAUCGAAUCCAGCUGCAAGCAAGCCUGUCUGGACCUUACAGGCUCAUGAUGAAUCAGUCUCGGCCUUUGAUAUAAACCCUACAAUCCCCGGUUUCAUGGCGACUGGUUCAACAGACAAGCAAGUCAAGCUUUGGAAUAUACAAUCAUCUGGGCCAACCAUGGUUGUUUCACGAAAUUUGGACAUUGGAAAGGUGUUUUCUACUGUCUUUGCUCCUGAUGAGGAAGUCGGAUUCAGACUUUCAGUAGCGGGUAGUAAAGGUGUCGUCCAAGUUUGGGAUACUUCAACCAACAAGGCCGUCCGAGCAGCAUUCGCAGAUAGAAUCGCACCAGUGGAUGGAGAGAUUAGGGAACGACUAGUGGGAGUUGAAAACGAUAGUAGCGAGUCCGAAGACGAGGGUGAGCCUGAUGAAGAGGGCGGAAAAACUGGAGAAGGCUGGGAGUCCAUGGACGAAGAUUAA